AUGGCACGUGGAACUAUACGUAUCGUAUCCUUGCUUGUAGCUCUGCUACUGGUUAUUUGCUGGUCUGGAGAUAAUGUUGAAGCCAAAAAGAGUCGCAAGAAGAAGGAAGUGUUGCUUAAAGGCAAUGAAAAGCUGGCGCAACUCCAAGAUCACGUGAAAAAUGGAGUCAUUUCGUUUACGAACGAGAUUUAUGGACGUUAUGCCUUGCGACCAGAUCGUCCGUAUCAUUUGGUGCUUUUGUUUACGGUGUCUGGUGCCAAAUUCAAAUGUGAUAUCUGCAAGUUGGUCUUACCUGAAUUUGAACUACUUGGCUUAAGUUACGAAGCUGCGAAGCAAAUUAAAGUUGAUACGCGCGAUGGUCUUGAGAUUUUCUUUGGUGUUGUUGACUAUUCAGCAAACGAGGAUGUCUUUAAACGGUUUGACUAUACCUCUGCUCCUCAUAUCGUGUACGUGGCGCCCGACCGCUCUUUUGACGCGGGUGAAGUCAUGCCGAAGAAAUUUAAAGUGGAGACCCAGAACUUUUACAAUGUUCACUCUCAAAGUUCGAGUGCCGAUGCAUUGGCACUCUUUGUAAAACAACGUACGGGUUUUGAGAUCUAUGUGCAGAGGUCGAAGACUACGCUUUAUCUGUUCCUUGUUUUAGCGCUGGCUUUGGCUGCACUCAUAGCCAAGCUGGUGCUAGCUCAUCUUGACCUUGUGCUGGCCAAACUUCGUCGCAAACAGUUGUGGAUGACAGUCUCAUUGUUGUUCUAUGGACUCUCUGUGUCGGGUAUGGUGUAUUGUAUUAUUCGUAAACCGCCACCAUUCGCCUCCGAUCGUGCUGGGAACAUUCAAUACUUUCAUCCGCAAGGUCGCCAACAAUUUAUCUACGAAGGACUUAUUGUUGGAGGAUAUGACAUUGCUGCUGCUAUCUUUAUCAUUCUUCUUUCGCAGUGGACGCUUUAUUUGCGCAACCCAAUUGUGCGUUAUCUCUCCAUCGUCGGUUGUACUCUGGGCUUUGUGCUCAUGUAUCGUCAAAUGACGAGUGCGUACAAGUUUAAGAAUCGUUGGUACACGGGCUGGAUGGGUAUCUAG